AUGCACACACCGUUUUGGUCACCAUGGUCGAUCCAAAGCCAGAUUGGCUAUCAGGGCUACGCAGAUGUCGUUGCUGUCAUCACAGAAGAGGUUCCACUUGAUGAGGAGCUGUGUGGCUCUUUGCGCCGGCGAGGUCGAAGACAUCUGCGUGAUCUUCGGGAGGCUACUCAAUCUAUCGUGCAGUUUGAUCGUGCCCGUGGAUGCCUUUCCGUGACCGGUACGGAGUCGUCCAUCUCCGAGGUUAAGCAACGCUUGGCAAGCCUAGGUGGCCCUCGACGAAAUGUCGGGGCGCCUGUGUGGGCAGAGCUUAUGAGGACUCGUACAUUGCAGCGAGACGACGCAGCCCUGGCACGAAUCCAGGGGGAAAGCGGGUGCAGAGUCCACAUCGAGCGACAGCAACGGGAAGUGCGGAUUUUUGGGCCUCUACACUCAGUGGCGAUCGCGGAGAGCCUCUUGAAGGAUCUCGAAGAGCGUUGCUGCGAGGACGUUGUUUUGGUUUGGGAAGCCUUGGACACGGAGACAGAGGAGACGCUGCAAGCAUCACUUGAGCCUCUGGCAAUGGACCACAAUGUAACAUUGUGCAUCGACAAGACUCUCGGCGUGAGGAUCUUUGGAAUCAAGGCCGCUGUCAAGGCUGCGAGCAAUGAGCUGAAGGAACUUCUGGAGCCACAGGGCUUGCUGGGUUUGGAGGAUCGCCUUAGGGGGCGCGAUAUCCUGAUUACAAGCGAGGAGCGCAUGGGUGUGGUCUUAGCCCAUGGGAGUCCUGUGAUGGCCACAACAUAA